UGCCCCACCGUUGGACUGGGAGCCUCUGGAGCCCGAAGCCCCUUCCCAGCUUGUGUCCAAAAAUGGAUGAUUCCGAGUCAGGUUUCAACCUGAAAACAGUCCUGGUCAGUUUCAAGCAGUGUCUCAACGAGGAGGAAGAGGUACUGCUGGACCCCUACCUUGCCAGCUGGAAGGGCCUGGUCAGGUUCCUGAACAGCCUGGGCGCCAUCUUCUUGUUCAUCUCCAAAGAUGUGGUCUCCAAGCUGCAGAUCAUGGAGCGCCUGUCCAGCGGCCCUCAGCGCGAGCACUACCACAGUCUGCAGUCCAUGGUGGCCUACGAGGUAGGCAGCAAGCAGGUGGACCUGGAGCGUCGCUCCCGCCACCCUGACUCAGGCUGCCGGACAGUGCUGCGCCUGCACCGCGCGCUGCGCUGGCUGCAGCUGUUCCUAGAGGGCCUGCGCACCAGCCCCGAGGACGCACGCACCUCCGUGCUCUGCACCGACUCCUACAAUGCCUCACUGGCCGCCUACCACCCCUGGAUUGUACGCCGGGCCGUCACCGUGGCCUUCUGUGCCCUGCCCACCCGCAAGGUCUUCCUUGAGGCCAUGAACGUGGGGUCCCCGGAGCAGGCUGUGGAGAUGCUGGGCGAGGCCCUGCCUUUCAUUGAGCGUGUCUACGAUGUCUCCCAGAAGCUCUAUGCUGAGCACGCCCUGCUGGACCUGCCCUAGGGGAAGCCGCCCAGGCCAGGUUUGGGCAGCCAGGCCUGCGAGUGCCCCUGCAAGCUGAGCUCGUUGGCCGUGGGUUGCAAUGGAGAAGGCGGCGGCCAGCCCAGAAGAGGCCCACCCUCAGUCCACAGCAAGAGACCUGUUGGCCACAGCUUCCCCAUGACCUCCGUCACCUGCAUGCUUAGUUGGGCCUCACCAAAGUACAGAAAGUAGAGGAGGUGGAGGCAGGACCCGGCAUCCAAAGGCCCAGAAGGCUGCCCCCUCUCUCAGCCGAAUCUGUGCCAUGGGUGAGGCCACAGGCCCCCAGAGUGCGGAGACUCGCCUUCCCCACCAGCCCACACACCUGGCCAAAGUGUCCUUCCCGUGCAGGUCUCAGGCCUGGGGUAGGUAAGCAGCCCUGUGUUCAGAGCCUUGGUUCCCUUCAGACCCAAGCUGGCUGUCCCUGCCCUGUACUGCCCUGUAUGCCUCCCAGCAUGCUGGGCAGCUGAACCCCUGAACCAAGGCCUCCCCAGAAGGCCCCGGGAGGGCCUGUCCUACCCUCAGAGCAGCCUCAUUUGUGGCCCUGCCUGGCACUGGCUCCCUGCUGGACACAGGCUGCCUUCUGUGUGACCGAGGCCCCCAAAGCCCAGGCCCCUGUCUCCCUGGUGGCUGGUGAGAUGCUGUGUCCCUUGUUACCUGCUGUUUCCCUUGCUGUGCCUGUCCCCCUGGAGACCUAGAGGCAUGGAACAGGAGGGGCCUGGACCCCACUGCCCACCUGACAGCUCUUGGUCACACCGGGCCCGGAUACUGUCCAGCACUUGGGACCUGGCCUGACCACUAGCCCUUCACAAUGGACCCAGGACCUUGGGGCAGCAUAGGGACAGCACCUUGCAGCAGAUGUGUGAGGUUUGGGGGUACAUCUGGUCUCUCAGAAACUGUUAACAUGUGAUGUCUUCCAACAUAAAUAAAUCAUGCCUACGGCAUCCCAGGACACAGACA